UAGCUAGCUGGAUUACCAUGGGCAGAAAGGUGUGCAUCUCGCUUGUAAUCCUCGCGCUUGUACUGCUCGCUGGCUCGAACACGAGGGCCGCGGCGGGCUACAGCAAAGGCGAGGCGCUGAUGCCCUCGUCGUCUUCCUCCAUGAAGCUGGAGGACGGCGUGGCGCCCGAGCUCGGGGUGAUGACGGUGGUGAACCUGGACGUGCACAGCCGCCUCCUCGGCGGCAAUAAUGUCGCCCCGAGGUCCCUGGAUCCCAACAGGCCUGUCUGCCUUGUUACUCCGUGCGCCGCCGGAGGGCCGUCCAGUGGCGGCGGCCGGGGCUGCAGCCCACAUUACCAGUGCCGCCACUGAGUGGAACGGCACUACGUACGAGCGUCAAUGUAACCUGCAACCUCCUGCACUGCACAGCGUCAGUCCAUGGGUGCACUCGCGCGUUCCAUUGAUCCAUGUUUCAUUUUCAUUUCCAUUUCCGUUUUGCGAGCAUUUCAAUACGAUGUCGUUGCUACCGGAAGCGCCAUAUAUCUUGAAAUAUAACUUG